CACACACACACACACACACACACACACAAACACGCUCACCCGGCCUACAAUCUAGCUCUGGCUCCCCUCCCAUCCGGCUCUCAGCUGAUUGUUGCCUCAUGCCAUGUCAUCGUCACGUCACGCUCCCCAUGCAUCCUCAAAUCUGUGUUUUCUGACUUGUUUUUUCUUUUUGUUCUCCUCCACCGAGGCCACAGUGACUCAUCGAGCAAGCACCUUCUCCAGCCGUCAUCACCGAACCACGUUUUGAAAGCCGUGUCAUUUCUGUGUUGUUGCACAAAAGUCUUUUUCUUUCAUUAAAAUGUCUGAAAUGCCCCUUUAUCUCACACCACCACCACCCUUCUCCUCCUCCUCCUCCUCCUCCUCUUCCUCCUCCUCACGCGUCCUUUUGUUUUCUGUCAUGCACAUUCAGAGACGUCAAAAAAACGCCACAUCCGUUCUGCAGAGGAAAUGUACACGAUUAGCAAACUGAGGUGCGUUUAAGUUCCCUCGCUCCAUGUUCAUCAGGUGAAGGUCAAACUGAGCAAAGGCCUGAUUCAUGAGCAACAGUGCACUGUCCAGUCUGUCGGGGUAUCAUCUGUGUUUAUACUCUCCUCUGCCUCCUCCUUUUUCCUCUGCCCUCGUUUCCUCUCUCCUCUCUCUCUCCCCUCUCUCUCUCUCUCUCUCUCUCUCUCUCUCUGUCUCGUAUCUUUCUGAACUGACUCUCAUUCCCGCAGACAGACACACACAAGCACUCAAAGAGAAUGGACUAGGAAAAACAAAAAACAAAAACUGGCUUCAUCAUCCAGAGGAUUUUUUUUCCCUUUUUUUUUUUUUUUUUUUCUCUCCCUCCACCAUAAUUUUCACUUUGCUACAAGCUUUCAUCUCUUUAAUCACCUCUUUCCACUUCUGAUUUUCUUCCAUCACUUCCACUCUCACCCCCUCUGCUGAAUUGAUCCACAUAUUGAUUUAUUUGUUGUUCCAUGUUUUUUUUUUUGUUUUUUUUUUUCAUUUGUCGUCUAAGAUAAUUUCUUUUCCUACCACUCACACGUCAUUGACUUGCCUGCAUCAGAGAGGAGUUGCUAUUUAUUUUCCCAUUUUGGUGACGUGAUUUUUUUUAUUUCUUAUUUUUUUUGCAAUUCAUCAGCUUGACUACUUCCAUUUAUUGAAAUACAGGCGGCAGAUUAUUCAUGAAUAUUCUUACGAAUUUAAAAAAAACAGAGAAGAGACAGGUUUGGCUCGGAAGUAUUAAGCUGACUGCAAAGUAACUGAAUAAUUUGGUGUGUGUGUGUGUGUGUGUGUGUGUGUGUGUGUGUGUGUGUGUGUGUGUGUGUGUGUGUAUGUGUGUGUGUGUGUGUGAAAGCUACAGAGAGGCACAGCAAUAGACAGAUGCAUAGCAAAGUGAAGCAAACCACACAACUCAUUUCCUUGUUCAUGCCAUCUUUUAUAUUUCCACUUUUUUUUUUUUCCUGAAGGAGAUUUAAUGCCUCUCCUCUUCAUUACAUGAAGAUAAUGGGAAGUGGGACUUUUGAGCAAGCGUCACCCUGAUAAAGGCACUCUGGAUAUAGCCGUUUUCCUGUGGAAUUACCCUUUAAAUCCUGGAUUUGAUUCCAAAUGAAAAAAAUAAUUAACAAUUAUCAAAAACUCUUCUAAAUUCGGGACACUAUUUUUUUCUGACAUUUUUUUUUGUAAUGGGACUGAAGCUGAUUUCAAUAUUUCUUUUUCAACUAUUGAAUCUUAAUGGGAUUUCACUAACGCGGAUUAAAGACUCAAGCAACAUCUUUGUCUAUUAGUUGAUGUAAUAGCCAUGAUUCUCACAAUUUCUCCAGCCUUCAAAAUCGAUUAAAUUUAAUAUUUCUCAGUGUUAAGGGUUAAAUAGACUGGCAGACGUCAGAAAAACAAGCAACGCCAAACAUCUCUUCGGAGGAACAGAAGUGAAGCUGCUCCUGUGGAGUACAAUUACCUCGAAAUUGCUGCUUUACCCUCUUGACCCGUCGAGGAUUUUACCUAAAACUGCUUUCAGCCUCCCUCAGUCUGAGGCUAUGAGAGGGAGAGAGGAGUCCCAGGCCGCACCAUCAUGCUACUUCUGAGACGCUGGGAUGAGACUUUGGCUGGCAAAACACAAGGUAUUACUCUCCCACUCCUCCACCAUGCCUGUCUGCGGCCGCCGCAGCCCCUCCCCACCUCACGGCCGCGCCGGGGCAUGCCCCUCCGCCCCCUCGGUCGCCCAAGAGCAAGAGAGGCGAGCCCGACCCCUACAUCCGCCUCCGCCUCCAUCGCUCCACCGCCGCACCAGCGCCUCUCCCUACCUCUCCCUCCUUCUCCUGCUGCUCUGCCUUCUCCACCUGCCCCCGGCCUGCCACUCACGGAGAGAGAAGGGCGGGGGAGGCGGGGGAGGCGGUGGCGGCGGCGGCGGCCACUACAUCCCCAUCCCCCAGCCCCCUCCGCACCACAUGGCCCUGCCCAACAUCCUGCGAGGCCUCAGCAUCGCCGUCGUCCUGGUGGGCAACUCCAGCGAGGUGGCGCUGGCCGGGGCGCGGGAGAAGGAGGACUUUCUCCACAUGGCGCCCAACGUGGAGGUGCUGACCAUGAAUGAGACGGACCCUAAAAGUAUCAUCAAGAGCAUCUGUGACCUAAUGACCGAGCACUGGCUGCAAGGCGUGGUGUUCGGCGACGACACCGACCAGGAGGCCAUCGCCCAGAUCCUGGACUUCAUCUCAGCCCAGACCCACAUCCCCAUCCUCGGAGUCCGCGGGGGCUCCUCCAUGAUCAUGGCUGCCAAGGAUGACAACUCCAUGUUCUUUCAGUUCGGCCCCUCCAUCGAGCAGCAGGCUUCGGUCAUGCUGAACAUCAUGGAGGAAUACGACUGGUACAUAUUCUCCAUCGUCACCACCUACUACCCGGGUUACCAGGACUUUGUCACCAAGGUCCGUAGCACCAUCGAGAACAGCUUUGUGGGCUGGGAACUGGAAGAAGUUUUACUACUUGACAUGUCCGUAGAUGAUGGAGAUUCAAAGAUCCAGAACCAGCUGAAGAAGCUCCAGAGUCCUGUCAUCCUUCUCUACUGCACAAAAGAGGAGGCCAACACCAUCUUCGAGGUGGCCCACUCUGUUGGGAUCACUGGCUACGGCUACACGUGGAUAGUGCCCUCGCUGGUAGCUGGAGACACCGAUGUCGUGCCCGCGGAGUUCCCCACAGGCCUGCUCUCCGUGUCCUACGACGAGUGGGACUACGGCUUAGAGGCCCGCGUCCGCGACGGCGUGGCGAUCAUCACUAUGGCCACCUCCACCAUGAUGAUGGACCGCGGACCUCACACCCUGCUCAAGUCCGAGUGCCACGGAGCUCCUGACAAGAAGACCCCCAUCUCAGGCAACCCCAACGAAGUGCUCAGGUACCUGAUGAAUGUGACGUUUGAGGGACGUAAUCUGUCGUUCAGCGAGGACGGAUACCAGAUGCACCCCAAGCUGGUCAUCAUUCUGCUCAACAAGGAGAGACAGUGGGACAGGGUGGGUAAAUGGGAGAAUGGCUCCCUGUCUAUGAAGUACCAUGUGUGGCCUCGCUAUGAACUGUAUGGUGGGGCAGCAAACAGGGAGGAUGACCACCUGUCCAUCGUGACAUUGGAGGAGGCUCCGUUCGUCAUUGUGGAGGACGUGGAUCCGCUCAGCGGGACCUGCAUGAGGAACACUGUACCCUGCCGGAAACAGAUCAAGACACUCAAUCAGACGAAGGAGUCAGGGAUCUACAUCAAGCGUUGCUGUAAAGGUUUCUGCAUCGACAUCUUGAAGAAGAUCGCCAAGACUGUCAAGUUCACCUAUGACCUGUACCUGGUCACGAACGGCAAACAUGGCAAGAAGAUCAAUGGCACCUGGAAUGGCAUGGUGGGCGAGGUGGUGUUAAAGAACGCCCACAUGGCCGUCGGCUCUUUGACCAUCAACGAGGAGAGGUCGGAGGUCAUCGACUUUUCCGUCCCCUUCAUCGAGACGGGCAUCAGCGUCAUGGUCUCCCGUAGCAACGGCACCGUUUCGCCCUCGGCCUUCUUAGAGCCCUUCAGUGCGGAUGUGUGGGUGAUGAUGUUUGUGAUGCUGUUGCUGGUGUCAGCAAUGGCUGUGUUUAUAUUCGAGUACUUCAGCCCUGUGGGCUACAACCGCUGUCUGGCUGACGGCAAAGAGCCUCACGGUCCAUCCUUCACCAUCGGUAAAGCCAUCUGGCUGCUGUGGGGUCUGGUCUUCAACAACUCUGUGCCAGUGCAGAAUCCCAAAGGCACCACCAGUAAGAUCAUGGUGUCAGUGUGGGCCUUCUUUGCUGUCAUCUUCCUGGCCUCUUACACUGCCAACCUGGCCGCUUUCAUGAUCCAGGAGGAAUACGUGGACCAGGUGUCUGGUCUCUCAGACAAAAAGUUCCAGAGUCCGAAUGACUUCUCGCCUCCUUUUCGGUUCGGCACUGUCCCAAAUGGGAGCACGGAGAGGAACAUUAGGAACAACUACCCAGAAAUGCACUCCUACAUGACCAAGUUCCACCAGAGAAACGUCAACGAGGCUCUGCAGAGUCUCAAGGCCGGCAAACUAGACGCUUUCAUUUAUGAUGCAGCCGUACUGAACUACAUGGCUGGCAGGGACGAGGGCUGCAAGCUGGUGACCAUUGGCAGCGGCUACAUCUUCGCCACCACGGGUUAUGGCAUCGCCAUCCAGAAGGAGUCACUCUGGAAGAGACAUGUGGACCUGGCCAUCCUGCAGCUCUUUGGAGACGGUGAGAUGGAGGAGCUGGAGUCCCUGUGGCUGACGGGGAUCUGCCACCACGAGAAGAACGAGGUGAUGUCCAGCCAGCUGGACGUGGACAACAUGGCCGGCGUCUUCUACAUGCUCGGCGCGGCCAUGGCUCUGUCGCUCAUCACCUUCAUCUGUGAACACUGGUUCUACUGGCAGCUUCGCUUCUGCUUCAUGGGCGUCUGCUCGGGCCAGCCCGGCUUCGUCUUCAGCAUCAGCAGGGGCAUCUACAGCUGUAUCCACGGGGUGCAGAUCGAGGAGAAGAGCAGCUCGGCGCUGAACUCCCCGUCGGCCACCAUGAACAACACCCAUUCCAACAUCAUGCGCCUCCUACGCACCGCCAAGAACAUGGCGUCCCUGUCCGGGGUGAACGGCUCGCCGCACAGCGCGCUGGACUUCAUCCGACGCGAAUCCUCCGUUUACGAUAUCUCCGAACACCGCCGCAGCCUGGCGGGCCACUCGGACUGCAAGGCUCCGUACCUACCUGAAGACAACAUGUUCAGUGACUACAUCAGUGAGGUGGAGAGGACGUUUGGCAACCUCCACCUGAAGGACAGUAAUCUGUACCAGGACCACUACCUGCACCACCACGGCUCAACGCUGGGGCUCAGUGGACCUCCUGCCAACAGGCCCCAUAGUUUGGGGAGCGCUAGCUCUCUGGAGGGCGGCAUGUUCGACUGUGACAGCCUGGGUGGAGGGGUGGCUCCUAUUUUCACCACCCAGCCCUGCUCAGCACUGACCCACAGGAACAUGAGCAAGUUUGACCUCCUGUCCGGACAGACUCCUCCCUCCGGCCAGAGCUUCAAGGGAGGCCUGCCAGACCUGUACGGGAAGUUCUCUUUUAAAGGAGGCGCCUCGAGUUCCACCUUCAUCCCUGGGCAUGGUUACUGUGGAGGGAGAGGAGACGAUGAUGGGAAUAUACGCUCCGACGUCUCUGACAUUUCCACGCACACGGUCACUUACGGAAACCUGGAGGGCAACGCCAAGAAGCGCAAACAGUACCGAGAUAGCCUGAAGAAGAGGCCGGCCUCUGCCAAGUCCAGACGGGAGCUGGACGAGAUUGAGCUGGGCUACAGGAGGAAACCCUACCACAUCAGCCACCACCACUACCACAGCCACCGCUCCACCUCCCCGCCACUUCUGCCCGCUGACCGCAAGAGAGGAGGAGGAGGAGGAGGUGGAGGAGGAAACAACGACGGGAACUCCUAUAUCUUCAGAGAAAAGGAGAGCGUUAGGGAUUUUUAUUUGGACCAGUUUCGGCCCAAAGAGGGCGUCCCUCAGUGGGAGCAUGUGGACCUGACAGACGGCCCCGGGAACAGAGACGGGGGUGUGGGGGCCUGCACCACCCUGGUUCCAGUGGAUGACUUUCUUAAGAGCAAACCCAAAAAGUCCGAUUCAAAGAGCGGGGGAGGAUCUGGGCUGGCGGGGGGAGAGUGGGAGUGCAGAAACUGUCGGGCUAGCGGCGGAGGAGGGGGGAAGCAGAUGUCCAUGCACGGAGGGGGUGGCGGCGGGUAUGGUGGUGGUAUGAGCUGCGGGACCUCGGGAGGCGGAGGAAACAGCCGCCCCAGCUCUGCCACCUGCAUGCGCUGCGAGGGCUGUAAAAAGACAGGAAACCUCUAUGAUAUCAGCGAGGACAACAACCACCUCUUGGAACAGAUGGGGGGAGGCAAAGGUGGGGGAGGAGGAGGAGGUAUGGGCGCAGGCCCUCAGUCUCAAUCUCAGGCCCAGCAGAGGAGGAAGAGCGGAGGAUUCGGCAAGCCACUUAGGCGGCAGCACUCCUACGACACAUUUGUCGACCUUCAGAAAGAGGAGUCAGGUGGGAUGGGAAGUUUGAUGGGGGGUCUAGGAGGAGGCGGAGGGAUGAGCGGUCCAGGUAUGGGAGGGAUGCUGCCCCCACCCAGGAGUGUUAGCUUGAAGGAGAAAGAACGCUACAUGGAGGGCACCAGCCCCUUCGCACACAUAUUUGAGCGCCACGGGGGCUCGGAGAGAGAAAGGGAAAGAGACAGGGACCCGUUGUUUUAUGGAGGUGAGGGCCGGAAAGGACCCGGCUCGCCAUUUGGUCUGUUUAGAGGCGGAGACGGCCUCCACCGCCGCUCCAUCGGAGAGAGAGACAUUAGAGACAGGGACAGGUCUUUGAUGGAAGGAGGAGGUGGGGGAGCGUUCUCUUUAUCCAAAUCCCUUUACCCCGACCGGGUAAACCAAAACCCCUUUAUACCCACCUUUGGGGACGACCAGUGUCUGAUGCACGGAGCCAAACAGUAUUACAUGAAAAAGCAACAGCAGCAGCAACAAGUUGCCAAAAACAGCCGAAGUGACUUCAGGGGCCAGAUGAGCACGACGUCAUACCUGCCAGCGUCUGCCACGGCUGGGGUGAUGUCCAACGUAGCCCCCCGGUUCCCAAAAGAGCUCAGCCUCGGUGGGAUGAACCACCACGGCUCCAUGUUGGGGGUCGGCCCCCCACGUCCCUUCAAUGGAAGCAAUGGCCAUGUGUACGAGAAACUCUCCAGCAUUGAGUCUGACGUGUGAGAGAGAAAGAAAAGGUGGGGAAGAGGAGGGGAUGAAGGCGAGGAGGAGGAGGAGAGGAGGAGAGGCCUGCAGUGUUAGGAGAUCAGGGAUGAUUUUUAAAGACGCUGUCCGCACACUGCAAACCGAGCCCAUAUUGAGACAGCAAGAUGAGACAGACAGGGAAGAGACUGAAAGCUAGAGACUGUGGAGUAGAAAAAUAAGAUGAAAGAAAAAUGGAAAAAGUCUUGAUUUUUUUUUUAUUUUUAUUUUUUAUGUAUUUUCUUUUUUUGGCAAGAAAAUGUGGGUUAAAAAAAAAAAAUCAGGACACUCUGAAACGGCCAAAGCUACUGUACUUUAAUGUCCAAACACAGUCGAUUAACAUUCCCCUCGAGCUCACAGACGCACUCGACGCAACAAGUCCAUCACUUCAUGCACCAGUGAGGCAGAAGUCAGCGCGCUCGGUUAUUAUCGCAGAGAGAGAGAGAGACGACACCUCGCCUUGGUUUGAUAUUGGACGUGUGACGGCCGUCCGAGAGCUCCCGCUGAGGGGGCUCAUGAGGAAAGACUGCGAGAGAGAGCGCAGAGAGAGAGGAGAGAGAGAGGGAGAAGCGAACUGCCCAUCUGCCCCUGUGUCACAACGGAAGAGGAGACAUUGUCACGGUUACCAGAGCCGCGACACAAGAGAUGACUAGUGCUUCUCUCUCCUCCUCCUCUCUCUCUCUCUGGAAGGAGACAGCCCGGCCUGUCCAUCUCUCUCUCUCUCUCUCCGUCCUGCACUCGUCCCACUCCUCUGUUCUCCCUCUCUCCCCUCUUUUUCUCUCGGCCCCCCCGCUCCUCCUCCUCCUCCUCCUCCUCCUCCUCCUCAUCCCCGACGCCAAAAGAGCCGAUCUUGUUUGCUAUGAGAAAUACAAUCAAGAAUGAUAAUAAGAUAUUCUUAUAGAAAAAAACAGGGUAUAAGAACAACAAUAAUAUUGAUAACAUUGUGAAUAACAAAGAUGUUAGUAUUGAUUAUGAUAACACAGCUUAUGAUAUCACUUAAGUUUUUCCUGUUUUAUGUUCUGUUGGUAGAAUAUUUCACUGCUGUUUCAGUAUCUGCCGUUGCCCCUGGUGGCAGCAGGAAGGUUGUUCUGAGUUCAACCAACAAGCCAGAAAGACUGAGUCCUUAACUCCUGUUUUUCUGUUUUCUGUAGAAUAUUUUACUCCAUGUUCAUUCAUUUAUUUGCUCCUCUUGGAAAAACCGGAUCUGGAAGACGCGUUUUGAGCUGACAGAUCCUUACUUGAUGUUUCAAGACAUUACAAAUCAAGCGCACACACACACACACACACACACACACACACAGACACUUAAACACAAACAGUUUUUGUCGGUCUGAACUUGUGUUACUGUGAACAACACGUUUUUUCGUCAGAGGCUGAAGAAACUGAGAGGAAGGACGUGCCUUAAUGGUCUCCAGUGGAUGAGUCCUCCAGUUCACACGUGGUCCUCGACGCGACGAGCACCGGGACGGACCAGCAUGCUCUUAGGCUGCUGCUGCGGCGUUCUCUUCUUUCUUCACAUUUAUUGAGCCAAAACUGCAGUAAACAUUUUACGGCAGGCUUGAGACGCCGCACCCCGAUGGUUUAGAUACUAGACGCCGUUGGAGAUGUUUUAUAACUUCGUAAAAUAAUUUCAUAUGUCAAGUAUGGGCAGUGCUUUAUGAAGCAGUUGUAUUCAGGAUGUCCCACUGUCACGGAUAGACCGAUGGGUCUCACUUCACAACACGGCAGCCUUUAGACCACUUCUUUUAUUCAGGUUACAUAACAACAGUCACCAGGCACUUACUUUUUUCAGGCCUCUCACUAGUAUCUCGUAGACGGCAUUACUUUUCACUCACGUAAGCAGUCUGAGAGGCGCGCACAGGAAGCUCUGUCCGGACAAUAUAUGCACUGUCGUUUAUGUAGAGAUGUGUAGGAGAAGUGUUGUUGCCCCAUGACAAUGACGCUGAUAAAAGCUUGAGCCGAAGGAGGAUGUCUAUUUGAGAGAGGCCUCUUGAACACUGACUGAGGCGUCAGUAAGGCGGCCAUCUUGCAAAAAGCUUUUAAGGCUUUUUCUUUUUCUUUUUUCUUCUUUUUCUUUUUUUUUUUUUUCCUUGACUAAUGUAGAUAGUCUUUUUAGCUGAAGAGGCCUCAUUUAUUGCACAGGACCUUUUUACUCAGUGUAGGUUCAGGCACUCAGUAGACAUGCCUUAUCAUCCCAUCACCCCCUCCUCCCACUCCCCUCCACCCCCUUCCCCCGAGCUGUCUGAUGAUGACUCAUCAUAUUACUGUACAGAAUAAGGAAGCCUCUAUUAGUUAUUUAAAGGUUUGAUCUUCGAUUAGCUGCCGGUGUCAGAAGUUCAAGGGCUGCAGGAGAUUGUGCAGGAGUGCUGGCCUGAGACUGGAGCUGCUGGAGGGUGUAGAGUGUGAUCUUUGUCAGUGCGUUCUUCUAUCUUAUACCCGCAUCUAAAUGCACCAAUGUAAUAGGUUAGUGUGCGUGCGUGUGUGUGUGUGUGUGAAGGAAAGCAAGUCACGAUUGAAUGAUAACAGCUACCCCCCCCACCCCACCCCCCCACCCCCACUAACCUGCAGAGAACUAUUCAUAAAUCCAACAGCCUCUGUUAACACUGUCCAAGUGAGACUGAUCGAGUUAGCCUUAAAUCAAACAGAAUCACCCCCCCUUCCCACCAAACCCCCCCCCCCCCCCCCACCCCACCCCACCCUCCCAAUAAAUGACUCUCCCAAUAAAUACAUUGGGAAUCUCUGGAAUUUUUAUACGCACACAUUUUGAAAGUUCAGGUCAACCAUUAUCAGCGAUGAAGGUGUGAGAAGGCGACGGGGAGAGCGAGGGGGAAACGACGAGGAAAUCAGACGGAGCAGAAGCGAGACGUGGGAGUGAGCAUCAAUCAGUGUCAGCAUUAGUACGUUCAAUCUUUUCCUUGUAAAUAAUAUAUUUAAAACUCUUUUCACUUUGUACAGUAAACAGACAGACAGGAUGUAACUUUCAAUAUGUUUUACAGCAAUUUAAGAAAUAAACAAAACAAUAAUAAAAAAUUCAUAAAAACAAAAAAAACACAUGAACAAAAAUAUGCAAAAUAUAGUUAAGACACAAAUAUUACUAAUCAUAAGUGAUAUAAUUGAACCUCUUUUUCUUUCAAUCUCAUGUUUACUUGAUUAUGAUAGUUUACCAACCAGUAUACUGAUUAUGUUAAGAAUUAUGCUUUUUUCUUAUGUUCACUAAAGUGUUGGAAAUUGAGGAUAAUUUAUUGUAGGUGUAGACGUUUGGUGAUAAAAGGGGAAAGUUUAGUUUUAGGAGUCUUUGCUAAGUUUCCCUUGAAUUGUGUUAGAUUCUCUCUUUUUAAGGUAAGCUCUUCUUCAUGCUUUUUGAGAUCAAUUCAAUUAUCUACACAUUUAUGUAAUACAAUAUUACAUGUAUACAUAGAUGAUAUUUGCAUAUAGAGGCAGUAUAUUGUGAUCCUUCAUUUUUAAGCAGCAAUCCUUGUUAAAAACUUACGAGACAUUUGUGUUUUUGUUGCCCGUUUUUUUUUUCUUCUCUUUUUCUUUUUCUUUUUUCCUUUUUCCUUUUCUUUUUGACCUGGGCUCUAACGGUGAUUGCACACAGAAAUUUAGAGCCAUCGUCGGCCCGGCCUAUCCUGUUCCCUCGCUACGUUUGGGAUAGACAUCACUGUGGUAAAAGGAAGAUAUAUAAACACACACCCACGCACGCAUAUAAACACACGCACACGUGCACACACACGUAUGAACACACGCCGAAGCACACUGGAGAUUUUCCCAGUGUUGAUGUUGUUAACAUUGCUGAGGAUUUCAGCACCAGAACGAGUGAAGUUUCAUCUCACUGAGAAUCCAUUUGAAGCUGAAAUGCAUUUGUGCAACCCCUUAUUAAAAGGUGAAACAUUUGUUCUGUCAUGUUUCAUUUUAUGUCGAGCUUCGCUUCAGGGGAAUCAACUUGUUGCUAUAUUUUAGCUCACAUAUUACUAAACUGUGUUAUUUGACAGCUGCAAAACACUUAAAUGCUUUGGAUUUUUUAAUUUAUUUUGUGCAACUUUGUGCACUGCUUGCUCCUCUGUAUGAGACAAGAAAUAUAAUUUGUAAUUUGUUGUGUACAUAUGCAAUUUUGUCCCCAUGCAGUCAGGAAUUAUUUCCCCUGCUCUUCUUCUGUGUGCUACUGAUUCCAAUAAGUCUCUAUAAUCUUCUCCGCAGCCCUGAGAGAAGAAAUUCAUCACUCUUCUGUUUUUCUUCUCAACUGCUUUCAUGUCUUGAGGGUUGAUUGAAAAGUGAAAAAUGUAUCCAUGUGCACAUAAACUCUGUUAGGUUUGCAUAUUUUUUCACACAAGCCACAAUGUUUAUUCUCCUCAUUUGCAAUAAGUCAUUUGUAAUUACUGUACACUGUAUGUGCCAACCACAUCAGUUCCUGUUGUUUUUGGGGUUUUAUUUUUUGUCCUGCACUGGAAGGCGAGCUAGGGCCAGUUUACAGCUACUGGAUGGGAAGCGGAGGUGCACCUGACACUGUGGUAAACAUGCUAACAUCAGGCCUUUACCACCUCCAGCUGCUCCGCUCUGCAGCCGGCAUGCGCAGGUCGGCCGGCCAUGCCGAGUGAGCAGGGGCUCGUCAGAGGUCUUUGUUUCCCUUAAGGCCAGGUUGGUUCCAGCCUUCCCUCUCUGCACACGAGCAUGCCACAACACAUUUACUCAAACGCUUCAUGUAGAGCAAAAACACUGUGUCACUUUUUCUUUUCUUUUUUUUUAACAACACAAGAAAUGGCUGUGGAAAGUUAGUGGGCUGGAACAUCCUGAAGGUGGAAGAUGUAAAUACCACCUCAGCUGACGUGUGUUUAUCUGUCAGGAGAAUUCUGACACAUGGGACCAAAUAACAGCGUGACAUGGUCGGCUGCAGGGAUCGAUGCGCCGCUUCAACUGACGCGUGAAAAUGUAUUUUUGCAUUUAUUUAGUAUUUCUUUCUUUUAUUUCUUUUCUUUUUUUUUUGGAGGGAAGGUGUUUGACAUGUUUGUUCAUGGAGACUGAGUUGUAACUGCUGAUUUUUUUUAUUUAUUUAUUUCAAUGAGUCACUUGUGUGAUUUCAUCUCAUGCAGACAGGAGGAAUUAUACUGUGAAUAUGACUGACGUGUCGUGAAGGUCCAUGUGAUUUUAGCAGUUCACCCGAAUCCAUCACAAAACUUGUUUACUAAUAUUUUAAAGUUCUUUCUGUGUGUACGUGGAUUAAUAUGUAUUGAUAUUGCUUUAUAUUGAUGCAUACAAACUUUUUUUAUUAAAUUGUGUACAGUUUUAUUUGUUUGUUAAUAUUGCUGUUUUCCAUCUUUAUCAUCCAUUGACAGGAGAGUGGAUGGCUUCACCUGGAUGAACUGAUGAUAACAUGACAUAAGGGGUUGCUCCUAAAUGUAUUUCACAAGGUGAACAGGUUUAUGAAAAACACAUCUUCACUGAAGCUGCAUAGCCUGAUUAAAAUUUACUGUGGGUUGACAAAAAAAAAAUGUAACAUAUGAAUAGUAUCAAUUGUAUACAUAAUGAUAUACAUAUUAUUCUUGGCCAUUCUUUUCUCUUUUUGUGGCCCUUUUCUUUGAAAUAAUACCAAAAUUUUUACACCAUACGAACAGAAAACCACACAAAAACAAAUAAUUGUACAGGUUGUGUAAAUACUGAAUAUUGGGGAAAACAUUUACCUUCUUUUUUUUGUAUGGAAACAAUCAAAGUUAAUCUCAAUAACAAAAAUUAACCACGUCAUGACAAAAAUUGCAAAAAAAACAUCAUUAAGGUACUUCUAAUAAGGAUAAUACUGAUAUCUACAAUUAUAAGUGCUCAAAUAAGACUAUUCUUUCUCUUUGUACAUGAUGAACAAAAUGAAGUGUUGAGUAUAAUUAAUAAUAAAAAACUAGAAGUUUCACGCA